AUGUCCAGUUCUAUUAUUGCCAGGGGUUUACCUGGAUUAGUACGCAUGUCAGCAGAAGAACCACCACUGCCCGUUCGUCUUCAUCCAUUAGUUAUUCUUAACAUCACCCAUCAUGUUACCCGAAUGCAGUCAUCUGUACAUCACAACACAGUCAUAAAUGUUCUUGGCGUUCUGCUUGGACGCACGAGUAGUGAUGGCGGUACAGAAAUUGUUACUUCCUACGAAGUUGUGAUCUCUGAACCCACACAAACAACAACAACAACAACAACUAGUAUUAAUAAUAGUAAUAAUAGUAAUGAAGGAGGUUGGUCUGUGGAUUGGGCAGCGGUGAAACAUAAGAGAGAACGUCUUGCGGAGGUUUCCCCUGAACUUGCCGUUGUGGGUUGGUACAGUGUUGGGGGAACCAGUGAAGAUCUUGUGCGGAGUUGCUCUUGUGUACAUAUGGCAUUAUGUAAUACCUUUGAUGAUCUCUCUAGUGGAAUGAUGUUUGCCCUCAUGGUGGAUUGUGCCCCACCAGCAGAAUUAGCCACACUUCCCGUACAUCUCUUUGAAGCCACUAUACUACAUGAUCCCAAACAACAACAACAAUGUCCAUUAGGAGAAGAGACGGGGCUUUUACCAAGGCGAAAUAAUAGUAGUAGUAAUAGUAGUAAUAGUAAUAUUAAUACAGCAAAUACUAAUACUAAUACUAGUACUAGUUCAAUAAGUCGUAUUACGGUAAAUGAUACUGGUAUGCCUGGUCUUUCAGUAGGAUUAACAAAAAUAAAAUUCCUUUUAGACUCGGAUGAAAUCACACAAGCAGGAAUGACUGCAGCUAUGAAUAAUGUAUCUGCUGGUUGUCAAGGUAGUAGUGUGGCUGCGGUUGCUGUUACACCGCAACUGCACCGUAUUGAACAAUCAUUGCGAUUACUUAAACAACGUAUUGUUCUUGUUGUGGAGUAUUUAAAAGCUGUGGAGUCGGGCCGUAUUGCAGAUCCUGAUCCGGAGGUCCUGCGACUAGUGGCAAAGAUAUGUGCAAUGCUUCCAACUACAUCUGCAGAGACAUCUUUAUCGUAUAGUUUUUCUUCUACUAUGGGUAAUAAUAAUAAUAAUAAUAUGAAUAGUUGUGGUAUGGAUAUUGCUACUGCUGUUGAGGAGGAGGAACGGCAUUCACUGACCGUGGCACUUCUCUCCCUGCAAACAAAAUGUACGUUGGAGCUCUGUAAACUUCUCCGAAUGCAAAAGAAGACAGUUUAA